AAUAUCUGAAAGAAAGAAAUAAAGCAACAUUUGUUGGUGAAACAAAGAGAGAGAGAGAGAUAAAUAGCAAAGUGGAUGUUCCUUCUUCCACUCUCACUCACUCCACUUCGCAGCGUCGUUUCCCCACACCCUUCUGUUCAAAGUUGGAAUUUUUGGAGCGAUUCCGUGGUGGGUAUGAGUUCAUAGGUGUUCUCUUUGAGUAAAUAGUUUUGGGUGAUGAUGGAGUUGGGGGGUUCGAUGGUGAUCGGGGAUUACAUAGUGGGUCCUCGAAUCGGGUCGGGUUCGUUCGCGGUGGUGUGGCGUUCAAGGCAUCGAAUUUCGGGUUUGGAGGUUGCGGUUAAGGAGAUUGAUAAGAGACAACUCAGUCCCAAAGUCAGAGAAAAUCUUCUCAAAGAGAUUUCUAUCCUCAGCACCAUCAAUCACCCCAACAUCAUUCGACUCUUCGAGACAAUUCAGACCAAUGACAGGAUUUACCUUGUUUUGGAGUAUUGUGCUGGUGGGGACCUCGCUGCUUACAUUCAUCGCUAUGGCAGAGUUUCUGAGCCCGUUGCACGCCAUUUCAUGAGGCAAUUGGCUGCUGGGUUGCAGGUACUUCAAGAAAAGAACCUCAUUCAUAGAGACUUAAAACCACAGAAUUUACUAUUGGCAACGACUGCAGCUACACCGGUUAUGAAAAUAGGGGAUUUUGGUUUUGCAAGGUCUCUAACACCCCAGGGAUUGGCUGAUACACUAUGUGGUUCACCCUAUUACAUGGCUCCAGAGAUAAUUGAAAAUCAAAAGUAUGAUGCCAAGGCUGAUUUAUGGAGUGUUGGGGCAAUAUUGUAUCAACUAGUUAUUGGGAGGCCACCAUUUGAUGGAAAUAGUCAAUUGCAGCUUUUUCAAAAUAUUUUGGCAUCUACUGAACUGCACUUUCCAUCAGAGGCAUUAAAUGAGCUACAUUCUGAUUGCUUGGAUCUUUGCAGAAAUCUUUUACGUCGAAAUCCAGAUGAGAGAUUAACAUUCAAGGCAUUCUUCAAUCACAGUUUCCUACAGGAACCCAGGCCCACCAUGAAUGUUGAGCAGCUUCAAUUUCAUCUAUCAGAAAGAGUGACAGUUCAUCAAUUAGGUGGCUCUGCCUCCAAGAAGAUGUCUCAAUCACAUUCUAAGUAUCAUGUUGAGUCAUCUAUAGAUGAUCCAGCUGUAGUCAGUUCAGCUGUCAAUGAAACAAUGCCAUUGCAAAGAAAAGAUGGCAAGAUUACUGCUGGCACUGAGAGUGUUAAAGUGUCAACUCCAACUAUUGCAAGUGAUAAUCUGGGGAAGACUGUUGAUGCUGGUGCUCAUUUGCCAAACCAACCUCGAGUUUCCCGUUUAAUGGAGUCCAUUGAGAAAGAUUAUGUCCUUGUCAAUUCCCAUUUUGCUUCAUUGGAGGCAUUCUCUGACUACUAUGAGGCAUCUGUGCAAGAUAAUUCACGCAGGAUCUCCAUGUUUCCGUCAAAGAGGUCUAACCUGGUGAUUGGAGUUGCAAAUCAAACAAAGGGUCUGUCCUCUUCCUCCACUGAAGGAUUAGAAAAUUUAAAUAGUAGGAAACUUGAGGCAUGUGUGGCAUCCUGUGAAUUUGCUGCCUCAAGGGAAGAGCAGGGAAUUUCCUCAUUACACCCUUCAAACAGAUUAGAGUUUUUGCAUCAGUAUGUGUAUAUCCUUGCUGAACUUUCACAAGAAAAGUAUAAUAAAGGACUGUUUCUAGAGUCGCUUGCAGUUGAGUUGGUGGUUUUGGCUAUAUGGAAGAAGGCUCUAGAAAUUUGUAGUUCUUGGCUGGCCUCCAUUGCUAAGAGUGAGUUUCCUGGAAGCAGUUCAGCUAAUGAGUCCAUAUCUGCCAGUGAAGUGGACUUACCACAGACUACAGAACAGAAAAUAAAUUUCAGUGAUCCUGCAUCUAUCUCCCUGUGGGCCAAACAUGAGUUUAUUGUUGCGGUUGAUCGUGCUGAGAAACUAUCAUGUCAUAUUCAAAAUAUGGAUGGGGCAUCUGAGAUGCCAGAUGCAAUGGAAAUUAUAUUCCAAAAGGCUCUCCUAAUCGGGACAAGUGGUUGUGUAGAUGAAUAUAUGGAGAACAGAGAUAGGGCUGCUGCAUCUUACUCAAAAGCGAUGCUUCUACUUUCAUUUAUUGUGGGAGAAGCAGAGAACCUUCCGCUGAACCCGCCAUUUUCACUUAUUGACACUAAUAAGGAGCGAAUCUUACAAUAUAUUCACAGAUUGCAGUCUCGGAAAAAAUCUUCAUUAGAGUCCUCUUCAAAGAAAGCACAUACACUUUUAUCAAAGUAAAUAACCGGUUUUUAUAGUUUGUCUUUGCAUCACCACUUUUGGAAUCGGUGAAGCAAUUUGUUGCUGACAUGAAUGUUGACUUCCUAUGAGUCUGGACGAGAGGCAACCUUUGACAGAUUUGUAUAUAGACAUAUAUAACCUAUCACGGCCUUGUAAAGGGGACUUUGCCUUUACUGCAUGAUUUUAUGUAUAUAUUUUUAAUUCUUUGAUAUGAAAUUUGUAAAUAGUGUACAGCUCAUAGUACUGUACAAUUUUGAAACCACUAUAUGAUCAAUGAAUUGAAAUUCCUCGGUGGAAGUUUUAUUUGAAUUUUACUUCCUGCAAAA